ACAAAAUCUAAUUUCUUCCACCCCAUGUUCCCGGGACUAUAAUCUACAGACUACAGUAUCACUGAAUGGCAAUGUUUAUUUUUACACAUUUCAAUUUAGUAAUGUGAGCAGAAAUUAGAGAAAAUUUGUUGAUUUAAUUUAAUUUUCAAGCUUAUCUUGUUAUAUUUAGGAGGCUCGGUGGUUGCACUUGGUUACUUGUAUUAUUGAAGCCAAAGUGAAGAGCCUUAAUCAAGCUAUUUACCCCUCUUUUCUCGACUUCCGACCUCCUUUUCUCUCCUCGCGCAGCCGCCGGCAAUUUCGUUGCAACAAUCUCCCCGCCUUUCUCAAGAUUUAGCUGUGCCUGACUCCACUGACUGGAUAGCAUGAACAAUUUUUGAUCUGUUUGGGUUGUUGAGAGUAGAAGUUUUGAGACUAUACUUUUGUUUCCUUCUUUGUAAGGACUGAGAUGUGCUCAUAGCCUUGACAUUUUCCAUCAAAAUAGAAGCGAUGGAUCAAGGGUUUCUGGUGAUGCUGACAAACCUGCUUCACUUACAGAACCACUUGGACCCCUCCUCCUCCCUCUUCUCUUCUGAUGCCGCCUCCUUAUCAGCCUCCACUACAACCUCUCUUUCCUCUCUCCUCACCUCCUCCUCUGCCGCUCCUCUUCUCUUCUUCACAAUUGCCUCAGUUCUCUCCUUUGUUGCUGCCUCUCGUCCAUCUUCUUCCUCUUCCUCCCGUUCUCCAUCUCGCUCUCGCUCAUCUUCCCCUUCGGAUCACUCCCUCUCUGCCUUCCGAGCCUUAUCUACUGAGCUAAUAUGGUCUAUGGACCCCCCUGUCCGUGAUGCACAGUGGCGCUCUUCCUAUGGCCUCUCCUACCCUGUCUUCACUACUGUUGUUGAUAAGCUCAAGCCUCACAUAGCCCAGUCCAAUCUCUCCCUUCCCCCUGAUUAUGCUGUUGCCAUGGUUCUCUCCCGCCUCACUCAUGGGCUCUCUGCUAAAACCCUUGCCAAGCGCCAUUCCUUGGACCCUUACCUUGUUUCCAAAAUUACCAACAUGGUCACCCGUCUCCUCUCUACCAAACUUUACCCUGAGUUCAUUAAGAUCCCUGCUGGUCGCCGACGCCUCCAUGAGACCACCCAGGCCUUUGAGGAGCUCACGUUGCUGCCUAAUGUGUGCGGUGCAAUUGAUUCCACCCCUGUCAAGCUCCAUCGCCUUCCUACUGAUGUCAGUGACCCUUCAUCUUAUCAUUGUCGAUAUGGGUACCCUGCCAUACAGCUCCAGGUGGUGGCUGACCAUAAGAAGAUCUUCUGGGAUGUUUGUGUCAAGGCUCCAGGGAGUGUUGAUGAUUCCACUCAUUUCAGGGAUAGUGUUCUCUACAAUAAGCUCAUGUCUGGUGAUGUUGUCUGGGAUAAAGUUGUCAAUGUGAGGGGACAUCCUGUUAGGCCCUACAUUGUUGGGGAUUGGUGUUUUCCAUUGCUCUCUUUCCUGCUGACCCCAUUUUCUGGAACUGGUAGAGGCACCCCUGCCCAAAAUAUAUUCAAUGCUGCUCUGAUGAAGGCCAGGUCAGCCUCAGUGGAGGCAAUAGGGCUUCUCAAAGGGAGGUGGAAAAUUUUGCAGGAUCUUAAUGUGGGCCUUCAUCAUGCUCCUCAAACCAUUGUGGCCUGUUGUGUGUUGCAUAAUUUGUGUCAGAUCGCAAGGGAACCUGAGCCUGAACUUUUUAAGGAGCCUGAGGAGAACGGGUCUCCUCCUAGGGUCUUGGAGAGUGAGAGAUCAUUCUACUAUUAUGGUGAGAGCUUGAGGCAGAUAUUGGCUGAUGAUUUGCAGCAACGUAUGUCAUCUCGAUGAAACCUAAAGCUCGUAAGAGUUAGAUUGUAUGCUGUUAGAGUUGAUAUACUAAUUUGAUAAUAAGGAUAGCUUGGGGGUUUUAGAUGGCAGAGGAUUAAAUAUCCUUUCUCAAAGUAAUCUGUCACUUUCAGCAUGAUUUGUAGUUUAGUUUUUAAAUUCAUCCAUUUUUUGUACCGAAUUUUUAAUGUAAUUUAUGAGAAGAAAGCAAUAUGAAGUCUGAUUGAACUGAUACAUCACCUGUAACAUCACUUGAGUGAUAACAAACUGGAAGCUUUUGACCUUCAGAA